AUGCAGCUCCGGCCGCCCGCAUCCCCCGCCGCCAACGACUCGCAUCGCAAGCUCGGGUGGGGCGACGUGGUGGGGUCGAUUGUGGCGGCGGCGACGUCGACCGAGGUCAUGCACCACGCGAUGCAGGACCUGUUCCCGCGCAACAAGUACUUCCGGUUCCACCCGACGACGGACUCCACGCAGAUCGACGAGACGCAUCCGGACGCGCUGGCGUCGUUCGCCGGCGAGGCCCAGGCGUACAUCCGCGAAAAGCGGCAGGACUUGGACCUUGUGGCCGCCAUCCUCCGGCCUAAGACGCCGCAGGGGCUGUGGAUGCGCUUCCGCGACGCGCUCGGCAAUUAG